CCCAGCCGAGGGCAGUCAGAGUGGUGCCAAGCCAACGCCAGCCGUGCCCAGCGGCCCUGAGACCCGGGCAUCCUCUGCCUUCUCCGCUUUCACCCGGAUCGCGCUUCGCGCGCUCGCACAGCAGCCCGCGCCUCGCCGGAACCCUAGGGCGCCUCCGCCGGAUCGCUCCUGCUGCAGAGCCAACAUGCCCAUCACUCGGAUGCGCAUGAGACCCUGGCUAGAGAUGCAGAUUAAUUCCAACCAAAUCCCGGGGCUGAUCUGGAUUAAUAAAGAGGAGAUGAUCUUCCAGAUCCCAUGGAAGCACGCCGCCAAGCAUGGCUGGGACAUCAACAAGGACGCCUGUCUGUUCCGGAGCUGGGCCAUUCACACAGGCCGAUACAAAGCAGGGGAAAAGGAGCCGGAUCCUAAGACAUGGAAAGCCAACUUUCGCUGUGCCAUGAACUCCCUGCCAGAUAUUGAGGAGGUGAAGGACCAGAGCAGGAACAAGGGCAGCUCAGCUGUGCGUGUUUACCGAAUGCUCCCACCUCUCACCAAGAACCAGAGAAAAGAGAGAAAGUCCAAGUCCAGUCGAGAUACCAAGAGCAAGGCCAAGAGGAAGUCAUGUGGGGAUUCCAGCCCUGACACUUUCUCUGAUGGACUCAGCAGCUCCACCCUGCCUGAUGACCAUAGCAGCUACACUGCUCAGGGCUAUGUGGGGCAGGACUUGGAGGUGGACCAGGCCCUCACUCCAGCACUGUCACCGUGUGUCGUCAGUAGCACUCUCCCUGACUGGCACAUCCCAGUGGAAAUUGUGCCAGACAGCACAAGUGACCUGUACAACUUCCAGGUGUCACCCAUGCCUUCCACUUCUGAAGCCGCGACAGAUGAGGAUGAGGAAGGGAAAUUACCUGAGGACAUCAUGAAGCUCUUGGAGCAGUCGGAAUGGCAGCCAACAAACGUGGAUGGGAAGGGGUACCUGCUCAAUGAACCUGGGGUCCAGCCCACCUCCAUCUAUGGGGAGUUCAGCUGCAAGGAAGAGUCAGAAGUUGACAGCCCUGGGGGGCUGAGCCUAAACCGUGUCUUCACAGAUCUGAAGACCACAGAUACCAGCUGGCUGGACAACCUGCUGUCCCCUGUCAGGCUGACCUCCAUCCAGGCCAUUCCGUGUGUGCCAUAGCUAGGUCCCUGGCCCCUCUUACUGCUCCAGGCAAGCAGAACCUGGCAUCAUGGUGGCUGUGGUGCAGAGAAGCUGGACUCCUAUGAGCCCUUCGACAUAACAAAGUGUGAUCCCCACUGCCAAGCAGGGAUGGGGCCUCCCUCCUUGGGUCAGCAGCCUCUCAGGGCCUGGCAGGGUCUGGGCUCAUCUUGGGGGGUAAAGCUGGCCUACCUCCUGGCAAGAUGGGGUUCUGAGAUUGGUGUGUCAGGUGGAGGACUUGGGUAAGAGUCAGCCUCUAGCUUUUCUCUCUGAGUCCAGCUACCCGGAGAGGGUCUCACUGUCGUUGCACUGGCCCCAAGGGGAACAGACCAGUGACCUCAGAAAAUCAUAGGACCAAUCCCAGGGCUGAUUCUGCACUAACAGACAAUUGCACUAAGUGAAUCCUGUUCCCAAAGAACUCCUUCCAUUCCCAGCUGAGCCCUCGGGACUGUUCCAAAGCCAGUGAAAUGUGAAGGGAAAAUGGGUUCCUGCGGAGUGGUCUUUCCUCCGCCUCAGCUCUGCCCUGCUCCCUGCUCUGACUGAGGGGCUUGGGAAAAAACAUGGCACUUUUUCUUGUGGACCUUGCUACAUUUCUAAUCAGAGGUGUACACUAACUUUUCCCCCAAGCUCUUGGCCUUUGAUUUAUUUAUACAGUGCCUUGCCCAGCACUCAUGACCCCCUCAGGCUCCAGUAGCCCUCAGCAGGCCCAUGGAGGGAAGUGUGAGUGCCUUGGUGUGACUUUGAAGAUUGGA